AUGGAGAGGCCUUCCUUGGAAAUUAACCUGCCAGAUACUCAUGAAGAAGGAAAACUUUAUGUAGUUGACUCCUUAAACAACUUGAACAAACUGAAUGUUUGUCCAGAUGAAUCCCAGCACGUGCUAGAUGAGGAAGAGAGCACUGGUGGUACUGGAGAAAACACAGCAGUGAGCAACCUAAGCAAACAGCGCUUAUUCUUCACCACUUUUAUUCUCACUUUGAUCAUCAGUUUGGCACUUGUUUCAUUUGUAAUAUUCUUAAUAAUUCAAACUAGAAACCAGAUGGACCAAAUAUCAAGCAGACUGAUAUCUGAAAAGAAGAACAUAGAAGAGCUUAAGAAAAUGAACAAUAUUAUAUUAAAGCAUCUAAAUCAACCAGGGAUUAAGGAAAAGGGGAGAUACUUCUUCACACAGUCUCCUAACCUUCAUGAGGAUCCCAUGAUAAGCUAA